AUGAUAGAAGACCUAAAUUUGCCAUUACUGCAACAACGACGCCAAAACAUGAAAUUGAUCAUGAUGAACAGGAUAGUAUACAAGCUGACUGCAACUCCAUCUCAAGUCUACCUGACCCCAGUUAUUAACACCACAACCAGAGAACAUUCAAUGAGAUUCACCGUGCCUCACUCCAGGAUCGACUCAUCAGUUCUCUUUCUUCCCCUCAGCCAUCCGCCUACGGAAUACCCUGCCAGAGCGAAAAUGCUGCACCUGUUUAAAAAUGUCGAUGUUGAGAGGUACAGGAAAGAAGCAGCCGAAUUACUAAAAAUGUCUCUGCCAAUGAGCUUGACCUAUUUUUUGUUGAUGCUCCCAACCUUAGUCAGCUUGGGGUUUUGCGGACAAAUGGGCAAAGAAAUAGGGGAUGGGAUGGAAUUAGCCUUACAUAUCACCACUGCUUUGGGUUAUAUCGUGCUCAUUGGUUUGUCCUCGGCGGUGGACACGUUAUUUCCACAGAUCCAUGGAACUGGAAACGUUGGAGAAAUAGGUUCCGUAUUGCAGAGAAGUAUAUUGAUAAUGUUAGUUUGCUGCUUGCUGUGCAGUGCCGUACUGUUGAAUUCUGGUUUAUGUUUUCGAUUAAUUGGACAAGAUGCUGUUGUUGCAAGAAUUGCAGGAGAAUAUGGGACGGUAUUGAUAGGGGGCUUACCAGGAUUUGGAUUGACAUUACUUCUGUCGAAAUACAUCCAAGUAAAGUCAAUUCUGUUUCCAAGUCUUGUAAUCGGACUAAUGGUAAACAUAGAAAACUUCAUUCUGCAUGCAUUGUUUAUCUACGUUUUGGAAUUCAAAAUUAGAGGCUCCGCUUUUGCUGUUGUCCUUAGCCAGUGGACUUCAGCCAUUCUGCAUGUAGUUUUGAUAGUUUACAAGGGUUAUCACACAGACACAUGGAAAGGUCGCGUUCAACCUGUUAAAAUUAUUAUCAUUAACAUGCGAAAGUUGAUCCAAAUAAUCCAGAAAAUGAAAGUGGUGAAAAUUAAUUCUACUUGGUUAACUUGA